UACCUCUGACUUACACACUGACUGACGGUCCAAGACAGCUGCAGCCACCAGCCUUCCAACCCAUUGAGACUAUUUGUGGCCAUCUGAACAGCCCAGAGGUCCUGACGAUCCCGCUCCGCUGUAGGAAGCAAGGCGAAAACUCAGCCAGGACAGGGAAGCUGAACAAAAUGGCUGCUUUGACGAUAGAUCCCAUUCAGCAGCCUCGGAUGUACCAGCAGACCUUGCUUCAGGAUGGAUUGUGUGAUCUGUUGGAGAAUGACAGAUUUGUGGAUUGUGUUCUGAAAAUCCAGGACAAAGAGUUCCCCUGCCAUCGUCUGGUUUUGGCUGCCAGUAGCCCUUUCUUCAAGGCCAUGUUCCUGUCUGACUUGGAGGAGAGUAAGAAGAGGGAGAUAAUCCUAAAAGAUGUGGAUCCUGGUGUUAUGGGGAUGAUCCUGCGCUACCUUUACACAUCUGACAUUAACCUGACAGAGCAGAAUGUCCAGGAUAUCUUCAUGGUUGCCAACAUGUACCAGAUCCCUUCCAUCUUCUCUGUGUGUGUGUCCUACCUCCAAGAGAAGAUGGUGCUGAGCAACUGCCUUGCCAUUUACAGACUAGGCCUUCUUCUCGAUUGCCCAAGGCUCACUCUGGCUGCCAGAGAGUUCAUAUGCGAGCGAUACCAGGUUGUUGUCCGGGACCAGGAGUUCUUGCAGCUAGACCCCAGUGAAUUGGCCAUCAUCAUCACAUCAGAUACUUUAAAUGUUGAACGAGAAGAGCUGGUGUUUGAGUCGCUGAUGGACUGGGUCAGGCAUGAUGAGACGACGCGGUUGAAGGAUCUGCCUGAGCUGUUACAUUGUGUCCGAUUCAGGCUCAUCCCUGUGGAGUACUUCCAAGAGAAAGUGGAACGCCACGAGUACAUGAGGUUCAACCAGGAGAUCAAGAAGGAGCUGGAGCUUGUCAAGGAUGCUCACAGAGGGCUUCUCCCCAAGCCAAAGAGCCUUACCAGUGACGGGGCAAAGGGAGGACAGGAAGGUGAAGAUGACCAGGAGGAGGAGGGAUACCUGCCUGGGAUACUGAACAACAACCCUCGCUUUGGAAUGUUUGAGAUGGACCUGAUACUCAUGAUCAACAGCACAGGGACUGUGGCCUAUGAACCAGUGGGAAACGAAUGCUUUGUGGUGUCGGAGUCUACAGAGAUUCCCAAGAACCACUGCAGCCUGGUGACGAGGCAGAACCAGGUGUUUGUUGUUGGAGGGCUUCUCUGCAGUGAAGACGACAAAGAUGAACCACUCAAGUCUUAUUUCCUACAGUUUGACCCAGUGAGUUCAGAAUGGUUAGGAAUGCCAUCACAGCCCAGCCCCCGCUGUCUGUUUGGGAUGGCUGAAGUAGAAAACUCCAUCUAUGUUGUUGGUGGAAAAGAGCUGAAGGAAGGGGAGCACGCUCUCAGCUCCGUCAUGAUCUAUGACAGACAGUAAGUUUAAAGUUACACGGUUUAAAGGUGCA